CAGUUUCAAGAGUACGACGAAGAACAUCAUUUGUUCCCUCCUCUCCUCCCUCGCCCCUUUCCCUUCCAGUCCUCUCUGAACGUGAACAACCAUGAAGGGUGAUUUGCAUACGUCAUUGCGCGUUUACCCAUAAGGUGUUAAUGGACAUUUCCUAAGAGCAGGGGCGUCCUCUCAGUGUCCAUGGUACAGCUCUCAAAUUCAGGAAAUGUGCUUAAAUCCUUCUCCUGUGAUAAAAAUAAAACAAAAAUAAAAUUUAAAAAGAAAAUGUGCAGUAUUCUCCCAUCAGUCCAAAAGUUGUGAGUUUGUAGUUCAUGUUUCAAAUCUGCCAACUGUCCUAUAACGAGUUUGAAACCCAUUGUUCUGGUCCAGGAUCCCUCGAGGACCAGGCCCUGUCGCGAGUUCCCUGAAGCCCCCUCUGAUCUGGAGCAGGUCCUCAGCCUUGCUUUGUCUUUCAUGACAUUGAUGUUUGGAAGAGUACAGUCCAGUUUCUGUUGUAGAAUGUUCCUCAGGUUGGUCCGGGAGCGUUUGUGUCCAACGAGUUGGGAAACGACAUCCCCCAGCCUUGUGCUAGGUGUGUUACUCAGCCAACCCGGCCCCUGACCUUGGCAAUGUAGUUUGGGUUUGUGGGGAAAGCAGGCACCGUCAGGCGGGCGUUACAGACCCCUCUGUGUCUCAUGGCCAGAGGCACUGACGCUUAGAUAAAUACAGGGAUGGAUGCAGGGCGAGUCAGCAUUCCAGAAGUCUGCAAAGGUACAGAAAUGGCCCUGCUCCCUCUCCAGCAUUUGGCCGUCAGCUUUGCCUGGCUUCCCGAGGCACCAUGAAAUUCACACUCCAGUCUUCUCUUGGAAAUCUCGAGGGAGCUGAGGUCUGGGUUCUAGCCCUGCCCUCCCAGGGAUCUGCUCUGUGGCUGGGAGAGGAGGCCCCUGUGGCUCUCCCAAGUGCCCUUAGAACGAAGAAUGUAUUGAGGGGAGAGUCACAGAGCUCUGAGGGGCACGGGGAGACAGGCCUGGGCCACAGGCUCCGAUCCCGCCCGGGACACGGGUAAACAGAACUCGGAUGGUUUCAUCAUGACCUGGCAGAACAACCAUCAGACCCGGAUUUUUGCUUUUUCAAUCGUUUAACUUCUGUUUCAUACAGGAUGAAAAAUGGUCAACUGUCAUCUUAAAUAACCGAGCAAGAUCUAGUAGCCAUGAGCGCUUUGUGAGACCAAAGCAGACAAGGCGAAAGUGUUUGGAGUGCCGUCGGAUCGUCACAAAACCUUAGCCAACAAGCUUUCAGUGAGACACAAAAUAACGUGGAUUUCUAUCUAGCAAUGAAGUCAGCACCACUGUCCAUUCUGUGUUAACACACUAACAUUUCAGAGUUCCCUCCCUGGGGCUGCAGACAUCCAUGUGAGAGACACUUGAAUGCCCUGUUGUUAUAAUUAAUUUAAAUUAAAUAAAACUUAAAAUUCAGCUGUCCGUUGUUCUGGUGACAUUUGGAGGGUCUCGUACCAUACGUGGCUCGUGGGCACCGUCCUGGACCAUGUCUGUGGAGAACAGCGCCAUCCCUGCGGGGAGUCGUGUUUCACAGCGCCACCCGGCACGCCUGGCAGGCGGGGGACAGGAGAUUUCCUUCCACACAGGGCACAGAUCUCACCGACCCUGAAGUCAGCCCUUAAAUAUGCUGCAAACUCAACGGCGUGUUCUCUGGAAUGCCGGGAUGGAUCAGAGGUAUGCUAGGUUUACAGAAUUUGACUUCUUCCGUUAUCCUGGUGACUCAGAGCCCUGUUAAAUCAGUUUCAGCAUCAGGCUGCGUCCUGGUUUUAAAGAGAACAAAGGCAGCGAAGUUGAAUCGCAGUGAUUUCGCUCAGUGCCCUGGGUCUCUCCACUCGCCUGGCUCUCCGAAACCCCAGGGCCUCGAGCGCAUGGGCUCCUACCGGAGCCCAGUUUUGGCUGGGUGGGGGGCACCUCCCAUAGGGGUCCUAUGGGAGGGGGACCCCUAUCUCAAUGCUGAGGCAGGCACUCCCGAGGACGCUGGGCUGAGCUGUCUGGGGGCAGGUUCUGAGGCAGGCCAGGAGACGGACUCAGCUGGAUGAUACAGACGGCAAGCCGGAUUCAUGUUGCCCCCGCACCUCCCGCAUCUGCUGAGGACACCCAGAAUUGUGGCCCUGGGCCAAACCUCAGCUCCCCAUUCCGUGAAAGUGUGGGUCACAGCGUGGGUGAUAGAGCGGGGCUGCCAGUGCCCCCUAAGCUCCUGCUGUGGGUCCAGCCCACAACUGAGGAAGCCACACACAGCUGUGCCGGAGUGUCUCUGUUUGAUUGAGAGUGCCUGUCUGCUGUGGGUCCUUGCUGUCCCCGCCUUCUGGCCUCCUGGCUGAGGGAAGCUGAGUGGGCCAAAGCCCCUGUGCAGUGUUCGCCUCGGCUCCCACACGGCUGCCGCUGCUCCAACUGCGAUGUGGUUCUUCCACACUCUGCUCUGCGUGGCCAGCCUGGCCCCACUGGCCGCCUUCAAUGUGGAUGUGGCCCGGCCCUGGCUCACAGCCAAGGGAGGUGUCCCUUUCGUGCUCAGCUCCCUCCUGCACCAAGACCCCAGCACCAACCAGACCUGGCUCCUGGUCACCAGCCCCAGAACAAAGACGACACCAGAGCCCCUCCAUCGAUGUGUCCUUGCCCAGGAUAAAAUCCUUUGCCAUCCUGUAGGGCAUGUCCCCAUCCCCAAGGGGAAGCACCGGGGAGUGACAGUUGCCCGGAGCCACCAUGGUGUUCUGAUAUGCAUUCAAGAGCUGGCCCGGCAGCCCCACAGCCUCAGCUCAGAGCUCACAGGCACCUGCAGCCUCCUGGCCCCUGACCUCCGUCCGCAGGCUCAGGCCAACUUCUUCAACCUUGAAAGCCUCCUGGAUCCAGAUGUGCAUGUGGACACUGGAGACUGCUACAGAAACAAAGACGGCAGCAGGGGAGAGGACACGGAUACAGCCAGGUGGCGCCGGGCGCUGGAGAGGGCGGAGGAGCAGGAGGAGGAGGAGGAGGAAGAAGAGGAGGAGGAAGCUGGCACCGAGAUUGCCAUCAUCCUGGAUGGCUCAGGAAGCAUUGAUCCCCCGGACUUCCAGAGAGCCAAAGACUUCAUCUCCAACAUGAUGAGGAACUUCUACGAAAAGUGUUUUGAGUGCAACUUUGCCCUGGUGCAGUAUGGGACAGUGAUCCAGACUGAGUUUGACCUUCGAGACAGCCAGGAUGUCAUGGCCACCCUCUCCAGAGUCCAGAACAUCACUCAAGUGGGGAAUGUCACCAAGACUGCCUCAGCCAUGCAACAUGUCUUAGACAGCAUCUUCACGGCAAGCCGCGGCUCCAGGAGAAAGGCAUCCAAGGUCAUGGUGGUGCUCACCGAUGGCGGCAUAUUCGAGGACCCCCUCAACCUUGAGACAGUCAUCAGCUCUCCCAAGAUGCAGGGUGUUGAGCGCUUCGCCAUUGGGGUGGGGAAGGAAUUUAAGUCUGAGAGGCCGCUGAGGGAGCUGAACCUGAUCGCCUCAGACCCGGACGAGACCCACGCUUUCAAGGUGACCGACUACAAGGCGCUGGACGGGCUGCUGAGCAAACUGCGCCACGACAUCGUCCGCAUGGAGGGCACCGUUGGAGACGCCCUUCACUACCAGCUGGCACAGACUGGCUUCAGUGCCCAGAUCCUGGAUGAGGGGCAGGUGCUGCUCGGCGCCGUCGGGGCCUUUGACUGGUCGGGUGGGGCGCUGCUCUACGACACACGCAGCCGCCGGGGCCGCUUCCUGAACCAGACUGCGGCGGCGGACGCGGAGGCUGCGCAGUACAGCUACCUGGGUUACGCUGUGGCUGUGCUGCACAAGGCCUGCAGCCUGUCCUACGUCGCGGGGGCUCCGCGGUACAAACAUCGCGGGGCCGUGUUUGAGCUCCAGGAGGGCAGAGAGGCCGGCUUCCUGCCGGUGCUGGAGGGAGAGCAGAUGGGGUCCUAUUUUGGCUCUGAGCUGUGUCCUGUGGAUAUCAACAUGGAUGGAACCACAGACCUCUUGCUGGUGGCUGCGCCGUUUUAUCACGUUCGUGGAGAAGAAGGCAGAGUCUAUGUGUACCGUCUCAAUGAGCAGGAUGGUUCCUUCUCCCUGUCACGCAUGCUGAGUGGGCACCCUGGGUUCCCCAGUGCCCGCUUUGGCUUUGCCAUGGCGGCUGUGGGGGAUAUCAGUCAGGAUAAGCUCACAGAUGUGGCCAUCGGGGCCCCUCUGGAGGGUUUUGCAGCAGAUGAUGGCGUCAGCUUCGGCAGUGUGUAUAUCUACAAUGGACACAGGGACGGCCUCUCCGCCAGCCCCUCACAGCGGAUCAGAGCCUCAGCAGUGGCCCCAGGACUCCAGUACUUCGGCAUGUCCGUGGCUGGUGGCUUUGACAUCAGUGGCGAUGGCCUUGCUGACAUCACCGUGGGCACUCUGGGCCGGGCAGUUGUGUUCCGCUCCCGGCCUGUGGUUCGCCUGAAUGUAUCCAUGGCCUUCACCCCCAGUGCACUGCCGGUUGGCUUCAAAAGCGACGUGAAUGUCAGUUUGUGUUUUGCAAUCAGCUCUGAGUCAGGCCUCAGAGGGGCAUCUCUCAACUUCACACUGGACGUGGACGUGGGGAAGCAGAGGAAAAGGCUGCAAUGUUCAGACGAGAGUGCCUGUCGGGGCCACCUGAGGGAGUGGAGCAGCGGGUCCCAGCUUUGUGAGCUCCUCCAGCUCAACCGCACAGAGGGAGAGCUCCAUGAGGAGGACUCCUUCUCCAAUGCCAGCAUCAAGGUCAGCUACCAACUUGAGACCCCUGAGGGACAGAGGGACCGUCCCCAGCCCAUCCUCGACCACUACGCUGAAGCCUAUGCCAUCUUCCAGCUGCCCUAUGAGAAGGACUGCAAGAAUAAGCUGUUUUGUAUCGCAGAAUUACAGUUGGCCACCACCGUCUCUCAGCAGAAAUUGGUGGUGGGUCUCACAAAGGAGGUGACCCUGAACAUUACCCUAACUAACUCUGGGGAAGAUUCCUACAUGACAAGCAUGGCCUUGAAUUAUCCCAGGAACCUGCAGUUUAAGAGGAUGCAAAAGCCUCCCUCUCCAGACGUUCAGUGUGAUCACCCUCAGCCGGUUGCUUCUGUCCUGGUCAUGAGCUGCAAGAUUGGUCAUCCCGUCCUCAAGAGGUCGUCUGCUCAUGUUUCGGUAGUUUGGCAGCUAGAGGAGAAUGCCUUUCCAAACAGGACAGCAGACAUCACUGUGACCGUCACCAAUUCCAAUGAAAGGCGGUCUUUGGCCAGACAAACCCACACCCUUCAAUUCAGGCAUGGCUUUGUUGCAGCUCUUUCCAAACCAUCAGUAAUGUAUGUGAACACAGGCCCGGGGCUUUCUGACCACAAAGAAUUCCUCUUCCAUAUACAUGGGGAAAACCUCUUUGGAGCAGAAUACCAGUUGCAAAUUUGUGUCCCAACCAAAUUUCGAGGUCUCCAGAUUGUAACAGUGAAGAACCUGACAAAGACUCAGGCCUCCACGGUGUGCACCCCGAGUCAGGAGCGCGCUUGUGGGUACAGUCCGGUUCAGCACGUGGAAGAAUGGCAGUCAGUGAGCUGUGCCAUCGCUUCGGAUAAAGAAAAUGUAACCGUGGCUGCAGAGAUCUCCUUGGACCACUCUAAGGAGUUACUAAAAGAUGUAACUGAACUGGAAAUCCUUGGUGAAAUAUAUUUCAACAAAUCUCUAUAUGAGGGGCUGAAUGCAGAGAACCACAGAACUAAGAUCACGAUCACCCUCCUGAGGGAGGAGAAGCGCUCUUCUUUGCCUGUCAUCAUCAAAGGCAGUGUCGGUGGGCUUCUGGUUUUCAUUGUGAUCCUAGUCAUCCUGUUCAAGUGUGGCUUUUUUAAAAGAAAAUAUCAACAACUGAACUUGGAGAGCAUAAGGAAAGCCCAGCUGAACACAGAGAAUCUGUUCGCAGAAGACAAUUAGGACUGCGCCAUUACCAUUGGGAGGGGCUGUCAUCCAGUCCUGGGAUGUCGAGACCCGGGUCCUUCUGAUGACCUUCAUGAUCUAGAGCAGCAUCAAGCUGUUUGUAGAAUAUUAGUUUGUAACCAUACGCUGUCCCAAAAGUGUCUGUGCAUUGUGCAAAAAGUAGACUUGGGAAACAUUUGGUGUUAAAUAAAGUUACACUUCCUUUACAGUAGUGCCUUGAAUCUGGAAAUACAGUAUUAUUUAUGGUUUGCAGUA